GUGUGACGUCAUAUUAAGGAGACGCUUGUGAUCGGACAAGUUAGAUGUAUUCAUAAAUAAUUCCUAUUUGGCUCGUCAAUAAAUACACAUCAAAUUAAGACGAUGUUUGUUUGUAAGGGAACAAGCGCUGCCAUAGCUGCACUUCGGAUUCUUUUCAGAAAUCAGACUGCAAUCCAUGGGCAAGCGUUGAGGUGUCUUUCCACGCAGACUGAGGGGGAGAUCCGCAUCGCGAAUGUACUCAAGGAAAAGUUCCCACUCGCGUCAUCGCUAAAAGUUGUAGAUAUAUCUGGCGGCUGUGGGGCCAUGUAUGAAGUUCACAUAGAGUCGAGUGAGUUCAGCGGGAAGAGAACUGUUCAGCAACACCAGCUCGUCAAUCAGGCCCUGAAGGAUGAGAUUCAAGAAAUGCAUGGACUAAGAAUAUUCACAGAUAUUCCAAAACAGUAAUUCCCUACAAGCAAAAACACUUCAAUCAAUGUUCAUAAUUUAGCCUACAAAUUAAAAGUGACUAUGUUUACAAGUAGUCAAUGACCUUCUCGAAACCGGAUUGUUUGCAAUAUUUCCGCGAUGCAAAGGGAUGUCAACGCCUGCAAAAACCUGAAUAUCCACAAAACCAUGAAUAUGUAUGCAUUGUGUGUGGCACACAACCCCAUGGAAAUACACAAACAGAUGUAAACAAACAUGGUGAAAUGUGGCACAGUGCCAAGUCAGCUGCUUUAUUAGCAUAGUGAACGAAAUGAAUAUACAGUAAUGUCCUUUAUUGAUGGUAGAAAGUAAGAAACAGAAAUGACGUCCAUUUACAUCGUUACGUUAUCCGUGUGUCGCAGUUUAGAUGAAGCUGUCUCAAUUGAUCACAGUAACCAUGUACACAAUAACUUUCUGCUCAUACAUGUGAACGGGUUAUGUUUCAAAAACCAGAAUGUUGACCUUCACCUGAAUAUUGACAGCCUGUAAACCUAGUCACUGUCAUAGUAGAUAUUGUUGAGCUAAUUAUGUAUAAAUGUGAAUUGCAUACAAAUAUCUUAAGUAGGCACAUUCUUAUGAAAAAUAUCACAGUCCCUACUUUAAAAAAAAAAAAGGAAGAGGGCUGCAUACGCACAAAAUGUCAGAUUUUGCUCGAUAGUCUUUCCCAUGAUUGGUGAAGAUAUUUAUGAAAGUAAUGUAAUAUCGUAUUGCCAUUUUGCCUGUGGAUGUGAGUCGUCAAAUGUAUACAUUAAAGUUCUAGUAUGAUUUAUA